CUCACAUAAAUUUGAGGUUAGAGGAAGGGAAAAUCUCAGGUAAAUGAUGGGAAUAGUUACUAGCACUUCUUACCUAGCGGUUUUCAGCGCUGGAACUCUAGUAGGAAUAACUUCUACUUUGACGUUACUUAAAUUCUUGCCAAGAAUAAGGAAAAAAGGCUACAAGCAGUGGGAGAAAGGACAAGAAGAAAAAUUCGAGUUUGAGCCCAUAUCGGCAAAUGAUGAAUAUAGAUUAAUUUUAGCAGUGCGGAAUGAUUUGAAAAUGCAGAAAGGUAAAAUAGCAGCACAGUGUGGUCAUGCUUCGGUAGCUGCAUACGCCAAAGUUCUGCACGAAAGACCAGAUUUGUUACCUCUAUGGUAUCGACAAGGUGGUACUAAAAUAGCAGUUAAAAUAGAUUCAGAAGCUGAGCUAUUCAAGUUAGUUGAAGAAGCUAAAAAACUAGACGUUUUAACUAGUGUUGUCAGGGAUGCAGGACAAACACAGGUAGCGCCAGGUACAAGAACAGUGAUAGCUGUUGGACCUGCACCUAAAAGUAUUCUGGAUAAAAUAACUGGAAAUUUGAAAUUACUGUGAUUAUUUUGUUUGUCAACAAAUACUGCCAAGCAAGUUUGCUAGUUUAGAAAUCCUGAGGGUUUUAUAGAUGACCAAUCAUUGAUGUUACAUGUUGAGAUUCUGUUCAUCAUAUUAUACUUCAUUUGUGAACAUGUAGGUUCACAUUUUGUAAAAAAAACACUAUAAUAAAAAAUUAUAAGUUGUA